AAUUCUUUUGGUGGUCGCGUCAACAGUGUUUGAUCGAACACCAGUGACAAGAAAGUUCUGCACCGUAUUUCUCUUUCUUUGUAAAAUUAAUUGCCCCUCUGAUUCCAUAAUUCUCUCUCUGAUAUCAAACUUGCCUUAACUGAUUUUCCUCCUUCUAAAAAACAAUAAUCAUGAGUAGCAAGAAUGUUAUUCGUCAAAACUACCAUCAAGAUUCCGAAGAUGGCGUCAACAAGCAGAUCAACAUGGAGCUCUACGCUUCUUACGUGUACAUGGCAAUGGCCUAUUAUUUCGAUCGCUAUGAUGUUGCACUAGAGCACAUUUCGAAAUUCUUCAAGGAUUGCAGUGACGAAGAGAGAGAACAUGCCCAGAAAUUCAUGAAAUUCCAGAAUGAAAGGGGAGGUACCAUUUCUCUCAGCGACAUCAAGGCUCCCCCUGCCAAGCAAUGGACUCCUUUGGAAGCUAUGCAAGAUGCUUUGCAACUAGAGAAAACAGUUAAUGAUUCUCUGCUGAAUCUGCAUAAGAUAGCUGCCAAGCAUGAAGAUGCUCAGAUGUGUGACUUCAUCGAGAAUGAGUUCCUGACGGAGCAAGUGCAAGCAAUUAAGAAGUUUGGAGAUCAUGUGACCAACUUGAAACGUGUCGGAACAGGUCUGGGAGAAUAUGUGUUUGACAAAGAGUUUUCCUCUUAGGCCAAAGUCCUGCUAUACGUUCAAAGCAAUAUGUUAUUAAUAUGCAAAUUUUACCGAAUGAUUUUGAAGUAUUUACAAAUGGCUUGAAUGAAUCAAAACUUUGUGAAUCGAAAUAAUAUAAUUUAUAGCUUUGUAAGUAUUUAUCAAAAAAAUUAUUAUGGAAAGUAGAAAGAUAAUACGAAGGAAUGGUCCUAUCAAACAGAAGGAUUAUAAAGAAAAACCCAGUGCUGUUAUAGAAAUAAAAAAGAUUAUUACGGCAAA